CUGUUGGCGAUAAUAGCUUCUCCAAGACAGAUGGAAUUAGUUGCGGAUUUUUACGACUCAUCACUCCCUCGACGGAGAUUCAUCGGUGACCUAAACUCCGGCCGGCCACUGAAUGCAUCAACCGUUGCUUGAUUCAGUUACUGUUCGGGAAGGAAUGGAAGAAGGGAUGGAGGAGAUACCACCAUCAAAAUCAUUCAAUGAACAAAUCUCCGAUUACAAGAAGAUGAUCUUCAACGCAUACAACAACAAACCUACUUCACACUGGAUUCUUCUACUUGUAAGUAGCUUAGCCAUGCUUAUCGCUUUCCCUGCUUCUUCUCUUCUCUCACGUCUCUACUUCUCAAACGGUGGCAAAAGCAAAUGGAUCAUUUCAUGGGUAUCAGCUGCAGGGUGGCCUAUCCCUCUUCUCAUCUUACUCCCUACCUACCUCUUCACAAAAGCUACCCCAACCCCCCUCACCUUAAACCUCACUCUUUCCUACAUUUCCUUAGGGUUCUUAAGCGCUGCAGAUAAUCUCAUGUACGCAUACGCCUACGCCUACCUCCCAGCUUCAACCGCCUCCCUCCUAGCCUCCACAGUCCUCAUCUUCUCCGCCAUUUUCGGAUUCUUCAUAGUCAAAAACCAAAUCAAUCUCUCAACUAUCAACUCCAUUGUCGUCAUCACAGCAGCCAUGGCCAUCAUCGCAUUGGAUUCAGACUCCGACAGAUUCUCAUACGUCACAAAUACCCAAUACGCCCUUGGAUUCAUGUGGGAUGUGUUGGGGUCAGCUCUUCAUGGACUAAUCUUCGCCCUUUCUGAACUUGUCUUCAUAAAACUUCUACAAGGAAGAUCCUUUCAUGUAGUCUUGGAACAACAGGUAAUGGUUUCCUUCUUUGCUUUCGUUUUCACCACAUUUGGGGUUGUGGUAAAUAACGAUUUUUAUUCAAUGAGGGUAGAAGCGGAAAGUUUUAUAGGUGGGGUUAGUGCGUAUUAUAACGUUAUUAUAUGGGGUAUAGUUACUUUUCAAUUAGGGGUUUUGGGGUCUACUGGUGUGUUAUACCUUUCUUCUACUGUGUUAGCGGGUGUUCUUAACUCAAUUAGGGUACCCUUAACCAGUUUUGCAGCUGUUAUACUUAUGAAUGAUCCAAUGAGUGGACUCAAGAUUUUAUCUUUGGUUGUUACUUUUUGGGGUUUCGUUUGUUAUAUAUAUGCGAGUUACCCUGUAACUCCAAUUUCCACAUCUUCCACUAGUUUUUAGUCUUUUGGGGUUGUAAAUAACAUUUUUUUUUGUUGCUAGAUAUAAAACAUUCUAUACACAUAAUUUAUAUGUAUUCAUCAACAUUAUGCAAAAGAUUGGUGACUAUCAUAUGCUGUAAAACUUUGGGAAAUUGUAGG